UCACUAAGUGUGCCGAGCCAGCUCGGCGGCAAAAACCGCAUGCGACCCGAAACAGCCAGCCUUGCGUCGUUCUCCAAUCCCCCAAUUCUCAGGUCUCGUGCUUGCAAGCGAGCGCAGUCUUUGUGCCUUAAGUGGCUGUCGGACCCCAGGUUGUGUGGCUGAGCGGCAGGGCGGCAAAUCGAAUCCCCUCACGAAAACGAACGAGAAGCCUGGCAGCGUGCACACGUCUGCUCCCCUUCGAAUCACAUGUUUCGCCGGGCUUGCUUCCAGCUCUCGAAAACCGCCACAAGGCCGUUCGCUACCAUGACUUCCAACACGCCCAUGGAGGACGCCAUUAGGGAAAAGGUCACCGCCGCCUUCCAGCCCUCGCGCCUUGAGAUUCACAAUGACUCGCACCUCCACGCACACCAUAAGGCAAUGCAGGGCAGCACGUCACGCGAGACGCAUUUCAGACUUGUCAUAACGUCGGAGCAGUUCAAGUCAAAGACGCAGCCUUCACGCCACCGCGCCAUUUACACACUGCUCAAGGAGGAGAUGGCUAGGGAGGGUGGCAUUCAUGCACUGCAACUCAAGACCAUGACCCCCGAAGAAGAGGAACGGCAAAGACAAAAGGAGCAAAAGGAGGUCGAGGCCUCUGGCUGAAAAGGUCACCUCUGAUAGGCUUCUAAUGGCACCAGGACCUAAGAAUCGGCACCUACGUCUUUGCGGAAAGAACACCGUAGGCCCUUACCUAGUAGGGUAGAUCCCUUACCUAGGUCCCUUACCUAGGUAUCAGGCAUGAUGACCGUAAUCCAUGUCAACUCCCAUCUGAUUGAGCCAAGGCAAGUAGCAACCAACCCAUGAGAUAGAUGUCUUCUAUGAAGUCAUGGCGUCAAUUUUCAGUGCCGGAAAAUGCCUUUCUGGGAUUCGGUGUAAUUUCCUUCCUACGUCUAGCUGGAAGAUGCCAGGCGCGGAUGUGGGUUCUUGCGCAUGGCAUCCCGAAAAUGUUGGACAAGGCUUUUGCUGUUUUUGCCGGUUUUGCUUGCCGGGCCCUGCUUGCGUUUCUGUACCCUCGAACCCGCAGAUUCGCGAGAAGGGGGCCUCAUACUUCCUUCUCGAGGGAGCCGGGCCGAC